CAAAUAUCCAAGCCAACUGAUUUUAGCUGCUGCAGCGCCAAUACGAACCAACCCUCCGUUAGAAGGUUGUGUGGGACCUUGCAGUCGGGAAAACCGAACUGCUAUCUGGCCGACGCUUUGAGGGAGGACUAUCAGAUAACAUCAUUUCAGGAGGCAAGUCGGGAUCCCAGCACUAGACCCGAUAUUCACAGUGGAAACACAAACUCGAACAUGGAUCCUUACCCGUAUGCAGAUACGUUGGAGAGUUGGAGAUCUAUGCAUAAAUUUGCAGAAGUGUUCCAAAACGGAUCUGCAGUGAGACCGUUUCCGAACGUUCCGGCUGCAAUGCUCCAUGAACACCAAGCCCCGACAAAUGUAGGAUCACCAUCGGCCGGGGGCCCAACCAUGUUGCCAUCCUUUGGAUUUACACAGGAGCAAGUUGCGUGUGUGUGUGAAGUUUUACAACAAGGCGGAAAUAUAGACCGACUCGCUCGGUUCUUAUGGUCGCUACCGGCCUGUGAGCAUCUUCAUAAGAAUGAAAGUGUUCUUAAAGCAAAAGCAGUUGUUGCCUUUCACCGUGGAAAUUUCAAAGAACUGUACAAAAUCCUAGAAAACAACCAAUUCUCUACCCACAACCACCCCAAGCUUCAAGCCUUGUGGUUAAAAGCCCAUUACAUUGAAGCGGAGAAACUUCGAGGGCGGCCGUUGGGAGCCGUGGGAAAAUACCGAGUCAGGAGGAAGUUUCCCCUUCCCAGGACGAUCUGGGACGGAGAGGAGACGAGUUACUGCUUCAAAGAAAAGUCCAGGACGGUACUGAGGGAAUGGUACGGACACAACCCCUACCCUUCCCCCCGAGAAAAGAGGGAGUUAGCCGAGGCCACAGGCCUCACCACAACACAAGUGAGCAACUGGUUUAAAAACCGGCGACAACGGGACCGAGCUGCAGAGGCAAAGGACAGUCCUGACAGUUUCCUGUCUUCUAUCAGCAGAGAUGGUGUUCUGCAGCCUGGUCAAGACCCUGGAUCGCCUUCGGAUGAUAUCAAAGAGGAAAGAAACUCAGACUCAGUAAAUGGACAGACUAAACUAGAUGAUGCCUCUCCUCCCCACCAUACCUCCCCCUCAAUCUACACAGAUUUGCAAAAAGCUUCAGCCCUACCAGGAGGAGCACUGCUUCAAAACAUGCUGCCCCACAAUCCGGGGGUGGGGCAAGGGGUGCCGGGAGUGGUUGGUAUGAAUAACGGGUCGGCGAACGAUGUUGGGCAAAUGUUAACGGACUAUCAAGCGUUAUGAAAGAGUGAUUGAAACUGACUGAUUUUCAUCUCAAUUGGUGCUCUGGAAAAAUGUCCCAAAGAAAAAACCAAGGCUGUGUUCCAUUCUGUCGUCUGCCUGAUCUGAUUUAAUCGCCACGGCUGCCGGUACGCCACUUCGCUUCUCUCCCUCGCUCCCUGUCGUCUGCUCGAUGCGAGUCGGGUUGAAAUGUUUUGAUUUCGUCCUGGGAGUCGAUCCGGGAGGUAUGGAGACGUUUUCUUGAAGCGAUUGAUAACGUUUAGAGAUAACGUGAUUAAAAUUCUACCAAUGCCAUAAUUCCAUGUUCGUUUGAGGAAAACUGAGCCUGCUUUUGUAAGCAAGGUAGUGUCAAGAAUCUAGAUUUGUGCCUCAAAACGAACAGAGAACAUAACCUUUACUCACACUUCGUGUCGAAAGAAGUAACUUGUACUCAAAAGAAGGUAUUUGACAUCUUGUGUAAAUGGAUUUUGUUCAGUUGUGGUUGGAAAAGGAACUCAGGCUGUGUGUCUCGUUUGCAUCAAAGCGAGUCGAGGCAGUAGCAGCGUAGCCUAGUAAAUGUAUGUACAGUGCUUGUUGGGGAUACAAGUGAAUGUCGAACAGUAUUUGGACCAUAACCACGAACUAUAGAACUAUGAGAAUAUAGAGAGGCUGGUAAGGAAUCCAUUGCAUUCUCCACAGUUCAAAGCAUGGUCAGUGCUAAAACAGUGCAAACAGACAAUCGUAGACUAGGUGGCAUCCACCAUUUAUGUGUUCUCAGACCAUCAUAUGGUUCAAAUGUUCUAGAAUGAAUUUAAUUUAUCGUAUUGUCCAAAUUCCCUUCUUGUACUAAUUAGAUCACUUGUAAUGGAAUGACCCUCAACAACGCCCAGGGAACCGAGCUUUGUUUCCCCGUCUGAUUUACGUGACUAUGUUUUUUGUCCAUAGAGAAGAGAGACAGUGUUUUGACCAAUUUUUGAGAUUAUGUCAUUUUUUGUCCAACACCACUCUGUCAACUCUGAUUGCUACAGUUGGAGAUCAUAUCACUACCACCAUACGUUGCAUAUACCGUUCCAUAACGUCCAAAGAUUUUCAUUGAAAAUGCCAUAAAUAUAGAUUGAAUUUA